AUGGUGAGGCUUGUGCUACCUAAUCCGAGCUUGGAGAAUAGGAUAACGACACUUGACGAACUUGAGACCAUUGAAAAAGAAGAGGAAGCAUCAAGACCCAAAUGGGACAACAAGGCUCAGUACAUGCUAACCUGCAUCGGAUUUUGUGUGGGGCUAGGAAAUGUGUGGCGAUUUCCUUACCUCUGUCAGAACCAUGGAGGAGGAGCUUUCAUGAUCCCAUUCCUCAUUCUGCUGGUCCUGGAGGGUAUCCCCUUGCUUUUUCUGGAGUUCGCCAUUGGACAAAGGCUAAGGAAGGGCAGUGUUGGUGUCUGGACCUCUAUCCAUCCUGCCCUUAAGGGAGUUGGCAUUGCCUCCAUGUUUGUCUCCUUUAUGGUAGGCUUCUACUACAACACCAUCAUCGCCUGGGUCAUGUGGUAUUUCUUCAACUCUUUCCAAGAUCCCUUGCCUUGGAGCACUUGCCCACUCAACCAAAACAAAACAGGUUAUGUAGAGGAAUGUGCCAGGAGUUCUUCGGUGGAUUAUUUUUGGUAUCGAGAAACUUUAAAUAUUUCUACGAGCAUCAAUGACUCAGGAUAUAUUCAGUGGUGGAUCUUGCUAUGUUUGACGUGUGCUUGGAGUGUCCUUUAUGUGUGCACCAUCAGGGGCAUUGAAACAACUGGAAAGGCUGUGUACAUCACAUCAACUCUUCCUUAUAUUGUCUUGACCAUCUUCCUUAUCCGUGGCCUAACACUGAAGGGGGCCACCAAGGGAAUUGAAUUUCUCUUCACACCCAAUGUCGCAGAACUGGCUAAUCCAGCCACCUGGUUGGAUGCUGGGACCCAGGUGUUCUUCUCAUUCUCUCUGGCCUUUGGAGGCCUCAUUUCCUUCUCCAGUUACAAUCCUGUACACAACAACUGUGAGAUGGAUGCAGUGAUUGUUUCUGUGAUCAAUGGCUUCACAUCUGUUUAUGCAGCAACCGUGGUUUAUUCCAUCAUUGGGUUCCGGGCCACGGAGAAAUAUGAUGACUGCUUCAGUCAAAACAUCCUGACCUUGACCAAUGGAUUUGAUUUGCCUGAAGGUAAUAUCACACAGGACAACUUUGAGUACAUGAAAGCUUUGUAUAAUGCAACUGACCCUGCUGCCUUUGCACAGUUGACUUUCAGGACGUGUGACAUGAAUUCUUUUCUAAAAGAAGGAGGACAGGGAACUGGUUUAGUCUUCAUUGUCUUCACUGAAGCCAUCACCAAAAUGCCACUUUCGCCUCUGUGGUCUGUCCUCUUCUUCAUAAUGCUGUUCUGUUUGGGUUUGUCAUCUAUGUUUGGGAAUAUGGAAGGUGUAGUUGUUCCCCUGUUGGAUCUUAAGAUCAUCCCUGAAAAAUGGCCCAAGGACCUUCUAACAGGUCUGAUUUGUUUGGGGACAUACCUCCUUGCCUUCAUUUUCACUCUGAACUCAGGACAGUACUGGCUCUCUCUGCUAGAUGGUUAUGCUGGAUCCAUUCCCCUGCUCGUCGUUGCCUUUUGUGAGAUGUUUGCAGUUGUUUACAUUUAUGGAGUAGACAGGUUUAAUAAGGAUAUUGAGUUUAUGGUCGGUCAUAAGCCAAAUAUCUUCUGGCAAAUCACCUGGAGAGUAAUCAGUCCUAUCAUCAUGUUAGUUAUAUUCCUCUUCUAUUUUGUGACAGAAGUCAGCAAGGAGCUGAAAUACAGUGUCUGGGACCCUGCAUAUGACAAGUUUCCUAUAGCAGAAGAAAAGCCCUAUCCUGGCUGGGUCUAUGUUGUGGUGGUUUUUGUGGUUGGAGUCCCAUGCCUCAUCAUCCCCUUGUUCGCCCUCUACAAGUUCAUCAGGAAUUGCUAUCAAAGGAAGCAUGACCAACAAGGGCUCGUCAAUGCCUAUUCUGUUCCCUCUGUGAAUGGAGAGCUGAAGAAUUAAG